AAGGCCUGCCUAUACACCUCACUGGCUGCUAAUCUCCAGUUCCCAAUCCAAUUUUCAGCUGCAUUAUUUAAUAUAUUUUUUAGAAAAAAAGAUAAACUUAGAAAAAACUCUUUACAUCCUUCUCUCAUGAAUUUCCUCAGCCAACUGCCCUUCUCGGUUGUUGACCCAAGAAUAGUGUUAUUGUAGCUCUGAUCACUUUCCGAUUGGUGAGGAGGAUUGUGUGAAAUUUGAAAAGAAGGAGCGAGGAGACAAAAUGUACAUUGAAGGUAUGCCCAUCUUUCGUCUGGGAUCGAAUUGAAGCAAAGAUUGUAGAAGCAGGGUGAGAUGAAAGCAGCAGUAUAAGUAUUGCAAUGGCUUCUCUUUGCUUGUACGCUUCCGCGGUGCCUAGAAAGGCCUGUGAAGCUCUCCACUCUAUAAGAACAAGAAGUGGCUAUCGGGUCAUCACCUCUAUCCUUCUAUCGUCCAAUCUUCACCGUCGUUCUAAUCAUUUUACGCGCAGACAUUACGCUGCUGCUGAGCUUAGAAGUCCCGAUCUCGUGGCAUUGGAAUACGCCGAUCUUAAUCUCAAUCACAAAAUUUCUGAGGAGGUGGGACAUAUCCGAAUCCGGCAGCAUGUCAACCCUCUCAGCGCUUCAUUAUCUGUCCCUGUGCAAGUGCCUGACUGGAAUAAAGUCUUCAGGAAUGCUACCCUGCCGCUCACUGUGGAUAUUGGGAGUGGUAGUGGCAGAUUUCUCAUAUGGCUUGCAAAAAGAAAUCCAAAUUUGGGAAAUUAUUUGGGGCUGGAAAUACGGCAGAAAUUGGUUAAGCGUGCCAAGUUUUGGGUGAAGGAGCUGGCUCUUGGUAACAUACAUUUCAUGUUUGCAAAUGCGAUGGUUUCUUUUGAAGAGCUAGUAUCCACUUAUCCUGGACCCCUGAAAAUGGUUUUGAUCUUGUGUCCAGAUCCACAUUUCAAGAAAAGGCAUCAUAAGAGGCGGGUUGUGCAGGAGCCUUUAGUAGAUUCUAUUGUGAAUAAUUUAAUGCCUAAUGGACAGGUAUUCGUACAGUCUGAUGUGCUUGAAAUGGCUCUUGACAUGAGGAAUCAGUUCGACGCCAAGUCAGAUGCACUUCAACAUAUGGAGACCAUCAACCCUAGUGUGCCUUGCGAUGCUGAAGGAUGGUUAUUGAUGAAUCCGAUGGGGAUAAGAACAGAGCGAGAAAUCCAUGCAGAGUUUGAAGGUGCAAAAAUUUACAGAAGAAUGUACCAGAAACGGAUAUAAUCUUUUAUUUUUUCAUCACAGCUCCUUAUGAACGUAUCUAGCCCUUCAUUUUGCCAGUUUUUUCCUCUUAUUAGAUUGGCCUUAUUUUAAGCUUUGGUGCUUAAAUGGUUCAAGGGCUCCCAACUGGGCUGUGCUUUUAGAUGCACAAAAUCUGAUGAGCUGUUGUUGUGUACUGUUUAUUUCAUGUUCUGUAAUCUGUAUUCUAUAAAAAUGGCAUCUUGAAUGUUUAACUUA